AAUCGUUCACUUCUUUGUGAUCUGUCGAUCGGUGCAGACGUAAACAAACAAUUCAAUAUUAUAUUACGCCGCAAAGACAAGAGCUUUGAAAUUAUUUCAUUUAGAGUUGUAUCAUUUGUUCAUUUUAUACUUGGUUUCUUUUUGAUCGAAAAAAAGCUAUCAACAUUCAGUGCAUUAAAUGAACUGAAACAGCAAACACUCCAACAGCCACAGCAACAAAUUCAACUUAAUUUGCAGUUGAAUGUGAUUGAAGCAAAACAGUUGACUUUCCCAGUUUGAUUCAUGAAAUGUUUUUCGACAUUUCACACAAUUUCCAAUUACUAAAACAUAACAUUUUGAUCUUUAACAACAAUUCAGCAGCAACCGAAUCAAAAUAUGCCCGGUCAAUUGCAAAUGGAUCCGGAGAAGCGGAAGCUCAUCCAACAACAAUUGGUGUUAUUGUUGCAUGCGCACAAGUGUCAAAAGCGCGAAAAUGAUAAUCCAAACGGUCAGGAUGCGAACAAGUGUACGUUGCCGCAUUGCCAAACCAUUAGAGAAGUUCUAAAUCACAUGAAAAAUUGUAAAACGAAUAAAGAUUGUACGGUGCCGCAUUGUUCGUCGUCGCGUCAAAUUAUCAGCCAUUGGAAGAAUUGCAAUGGAUUGGACUGUCCAGUGUGUUUGCCGUUGAAACAGGCGAACAAAGGAAAUGUCCCAAUGCAGCAAUUGGCGAAUUCACAGCAAAAUCAACAGCAGCAACAGCAACAAGCUGGUCAGUCACAAAAUCAGUCACAAAUAUCGAAUAUUCCACAGGUGAGUAUGCAAAACAUUCAAGUGCUGUUCGGAAAUACGGAUAAUCCAAACGGUCCGGGUGCAUCUUUAAGCGCUUUAGGGCCGUUGCCAAUGAAUUCACAAGUGCAAGCAUCGAAUGUGCCGGGCACGAAAGACUGGCACAAUUCAAUCACGUCCGAUCUUCGAAAUCAUUUAGUUCAUAAGUUAGUGCAAGCAAUAUUCCCGAUGCCCGAUCCGGCGGCAAUGCUCGACCAGCGAAUGCACAAUUUGGUUGCGUACGCCAAGAAAAUCGAGGGUGAUAUGUACGAAAUGGCGAAUACGAGAUCUGAAUACUAUCACCUGUUGGCGGAGAAAAUUUUUAAAAUUCAAAACGAAUUGGAGGAGAAGCGACAGAAGCGAAAGGAACAACAAAUGCAACAAUCGUUGUUUAGGUGUCAAUCACCUUAGUUUGGUCAUCAGUGGCCUAACAAAUGUACCGAACAUCAAAGAGUAGCAUAGCACCAUCACAGCUGAUCUUCGAAAUUAUUUGGAUUGAAAGUUAGCACAAGCAAUAAACCCAACAGCCAAUCCAGACAAACAAACAUCGAUUCAAAUUGCGAACGCACGAAAACUUGAAGAUGAUAUUCACGCAAAAGCAAACACCAAAAAUGAAUACUAUAAUUUAAUAGCUCAGGCAAUUUCUAAAACACAGAUGCACAAGGAAACCAAAGGAAGCCACUUUGCGUACAUUCAAACAAACAACAUUCAGUGUAAAGAGAUUAAUUCCGCUUGAUAAUUUGUUUGAUUGUACUUUUCCGAUGAAUAUUUUCGUAUGUUUCAUAAUUAUCUUUUUCUCGGAAAUUUCUACACUUGCUUAUCAAUAAGAAAGACUCAGAAUAAGUUCUAUGUUGUGCUAUCUCAAUUUUUUUUAUGUAGUUUUAUUAACAUUCAAUAAAGUGAAGGUCCGGUGUUUCUCUAUUAUUUAUAAAAUUACAUUUUUUUUAACGAGAUAAAAGAAAUGUUAAGGCUAACAUUUUGCUCAUUUUUCUAUAUCGAAAUAAAUAAAUCAAAAAUCUCAAAUCAUUUCAAUGUCGACUGAUCAGCGAGAUAACGGUCAAUGUGAAUUUUCCGUCAAAGUAACGCCAGAAAAAAUCAAAAUAAAGAAAGAAAGUUAUUUUAUUGCCUAGAAUAUUUGGAUUUUGUUAUAGCUCUUAUCUUUGUUGUUGUUUUUUUUAUAUUUCAUAGUCUUACAUAUUGUUUUUGGAACUUGUACAGCUGAAUAUCUACAAUAAAAAAAAAACCAUUAGUAAA